AAUUUGGGUUUCAGUUUUUAUGUUUACGUUAAUGAUCCAUUUCCAGUUUGAUUUCAUUUAUGCAUGUUACUCUUAAUUCAUGGAACAAGUAUUUAUUGAGCACUGUCUCAGUACCAGCCACUAUUUAAGGUACUGGUGUUCAUUAGUAAACAAACAAAUGAAAAUCUCUGCACUUGUGAAACCUGUAUUCUGGGGAAGUGACAAAAAAUAAACUGAUAAGUAAAUUAUAGAUGAAAGGUGAUAAAGGACCAUGGUGGAGGGAACAUGAUAAGGUAAGGUAAAGGGGUGGUGAGGUUUCUGGUUUUAAGAAGGAGUAAAAAUAGGCCUCAUUGAGAAUAUGUCAUUUAAAAAAUGACUUGGGGUGGGGUUGUGCAUGAUCAGUCCUUCAACACUAGAAAGAUGGCAGAGCAAGAGCAAAGAAAAAUCCAUUUGGUUCCAGAAAAUCUCCUGAAAAAGAGGAAGGCUUAUCAAGCCCUCAAAGCCACUCAGGCAAAGCAGGCACUUUUGGCAAAGAAGGAGCAGAGGAAAGGAAAAAGGCUCAGGUUUAAGCGACUGGAAUCAUUCCUACAUGAUUCCUGGAGGCAGAAAUGUGACAAGGUGCAUCUCAGACAACUAGAAGUGAGACCUCAUGCCUUGGAAUUGCCAGAUAAACAUGCCAUGGCCUUUGUUGUACACAUCAAAAGGAUUAAUGGCAUGAGUUUACCGGUGGAGAGAACCGUUGUAAGACUUCGCCUGAAGAAAAUUUUUAGUGGUGUCUUUGUAAAAGUCAACCCCCAGAACCUAAAAAUGCUGCUUAUAGUGGAAACUUAUGUGACCUGGGGAUUUCCAAAUCUGAAGUCUGUGCGGGAACUCACUUUGAAACAUGAACAAGCCAAGGUCAAGAAUAAGACCAUCCCUCUGACAGACAACACAGUGAUUGAGGAGCACCUGGAGAAGUUUGGUGACAUUUGCUUGGAAGACCUCAUUCAUGAAAUUGCCUUCCCAGGGAAGUAUUUCCAGGAGAUCUCAUAGUUCUUGCUCCCUUUCCACCUUUUGGUGACCCAUCAUGCUCAGGCUGGAGUGCAGUAGUGCGAUCUCGGCUCACUGCAACCUCCACUAUAUAGCAAAAAUAUAGUGGGCUUCCUCAAGGAGAUGGGCUCACAUGGCUAUCGGGGUGAAUGCAUCAGUCAGCUCAUCUGCCAGCUGAACAAGACUCAGAAUAUUUGAAAGCACAGUGCAGUGGAAGCAUGUGUUUUUGUUUUGGGGGGAAUUAUCAUCAGGUAUCUUCAGAGAAGAUUAUUCCCUGCCUUAUCUUCAAAAAUCGGAAAGGAAGGGUUAAAAUAUAGUGGCUUAUGUUCAUGGCAAGCACCUCUCAUCACAGUCCAGUUCUAAGGAAAAAGUCCAGUGUUUUCUGUAUUGGCUGCUGCCUCGUCAGAAAUCAGCACAUGCCAUGGAAGGAGUCCUGCUUUGUUGCAUUUUCUAUCCUAGGGUUUAUUGUUGGUAAAUGAGUAACUCAAGCAUUUGUACAAGGCUCCCUAAGACUCCCACAGCAAUGGACCAAGCCCAGGGACAUAAUUUAAUCUGGAGAGUCCUGGGGCCUUGUUUUGAAAAGACUUGAAAUACACAUAAGAAGAAAGGCACAUAAAUAAAUGUUCAG